AUGGGGAAAAGUGCUACUAUUGAUACUUAUUUUAAGAGAAAGAAUAGUGAGUCUUUGUCCUCAUCUACUCCUAAUUUUGAAUUAUCAAAUAUUGAGACUCCUUCUCUAAAGUCUCCUAGAAUUGAAAAUAAAGAAGUGGUUAAAGAAGAUGAUCUUGCUUCAUUGGAAAGAGAUCCUGCACUACGCCCUCCAAUAUGGAAAUUUCCUAUAAAUCAACAAGAUGAAAUUCGUCGUGCGUAUCUUAAACUUGGUCCAUUUCAGUGCAAGCUUCAAAAUUAUCCUUUCUCUGGGCUAGAGAAGAAUCGACGUCACUUUUGCUCUUCCUGGUUUGAUUUGUUUCCAUCUUGGUUAGAGUAUUCUCCAACUAAAGAUGCUGCAUUUUGUUUGCCUUGUUAUUUAUUUAGUAAACCAGGUGGCAAUGGUCGUUUUGGACUUAGUACAUUUGUUGUUGAGGAAUUCAGAAGUUGGAAAAAGGUUAAUGAUGGAGAAAAUUGUGCUUUUCUGCGCCAUGUCAGAAAAAAUAUUAUCUCAAUGCAUAAAAAUGAUGUGAGAUCAUGUAGUGAUCUUAUGAACCAAUCUCAACAUAUUGAGAUAUUGGUUGAAAGACUUACUUCUCAGCAGAUUGCAGGUAAUCGUUUGAGACUACAAGUUUCUAUGGACGUGACAAGAUGGCUUGCUUUGCAAGGAUGUGCUUUUAGAGGUCAUGAUAAAAACUUAGAUUCACUUAAUCGGGGUAAUUUUUUGGAGAUGAUAAAGUUUUUAGCUUCCUAUAAUCAAGAAAUUGCAUUGGUUGUUUUAGAAAAAGCUCCUCAAAAUGCUUCAUAUAGUUCCCCUCGAAUUCAAAAGGAAAUUCUUCAUGUUUUCUCUCAAAAGGUAAAGGACACAAUACGAGAAGAAAUGUCCAAUGCCAAGUUUUGUCUUAUUAUUGAUGAAACUAGUGAUGUAUCUAAAAAAGAGCAUAUGGCUAUUGUUUUGAGAUUCGUAGAUAAAGAUGGUUUUAUACGGGAAAGAUUUUUUGGUCUUGUUCAUGUGGAAGAUACACGUGCUAAGACUUUGAAACAAGGACUAUGUAACUCUCUUCGUCACCAUAAUCUUGAUGUUCAAAAUAUUCGAGGACAAGUGGAGCUAGCAAUAUGCGAGGUUGGUACUUUGCAUCGAGUUGGAGCUACUCGUUGGAGUUCUCAUUACAAUUCGAUAUGCAGUUUGUUUCAAAUGUUUAAAGCCACAUGUGAAGCUCUUGAUAAUAUUUCUAAUGAAGGAAAGACAGCAUCACAUCGUGGAGAUGCAGAUAAUGCAUACUCAUCAUUGACAUCUUUUGAUUUUGUCAUCAUAUUGCACCUUAUGAAGGAAAUUAUGGGUAUUACUGAAGUCCUUUGUCAAGCUUUGCAACUAAAAAAACAUGGCAUUGACAUUGCAGAUAUGAGUGCAAAAUAUAUUGGAAGGAGAGGUUGUGCUCGAAAUGAACAAGAACUUUGGGGUAUCCUCAAAGGCUUAGAGCUGGCCUGGGGUACUGGUGCUAGGAGAGUGGAGUUGGAAUGUGACUCAGAAAUUGCUCUUAGCACUAUCCAAGAAGGGAGCAACAAUCACAGAAACUCUCAGGUUGUUUCCCGUAUUCACAAAUGGCUUGCUGAAGAUUGGGAUGUUCGUUGGGUACACACCUUUCGAGAAAAUAACAGAUGUGCUCACUGGUUUGCUUCUAGGCAUUUUGAGAAUGAUAAUAAUCUUAUUGUUUAUCAUUAUCCUCCUUCUCCUUUGUUAGAGCUCCUUCUUCAGGAUGCUUCUGUAGAUCUUUUAAGUUCUCGCGUCGUAAAACAUGGCAUUGACAUUGCAGAUAUGAGUGCAAAAUAUAUUGGAAGGAGAGGUUGUGCUCGAAAUGAACAAGGUGAUUUUUCUACUGAGAAAUUUUACAGGGUAAAUAUCUUUUGUGCUACAAUUGAUUAUCAAUUACAAGAACUAAAUAUCAGGUUCAAUGAUAAUACUGUUGAAUUACUUACUUUGAGCAGGACUUUAGAUCCAAGAAACAAGUACAAGUCAUUUAAUAGUGAUGAUAUUUGCAAACUUGCUGAUAAAUUUUAUUCUAGAGAUUUCACAGAACAAGAAAAAUUGCAUUUGAAGAUGGAGUUACAACAUUUUGACCUUGACAUUCCUAAACAUCCAGAUUUGAUUAAUUUAUCAACUACUUCUGAAUUAUGUCAAGGGCUAGCAAGAACUGGAAAAUCCAACAUUUACCCUCUUAUUGAUAGAGUGAUUAGACUUCAUUCGAUAGAUAAGGCUAAUUCUCAUCCUCUGGCAUUCUUUGGCACUUAG